AUGGAUGUAAAGACCUUGCUGGAUAAUCUUCAUGAUGAAGUAUCCUGUUCUGUGUGUAUGUGUCCAUUCACUGAUCCAAAGCAGUUGCCUUGUUUGCACAGUUUCUGUCUUCACUGCCUGAACGGAAUUCAACGAACGAGCGGCGUCCGUGGUAAAAUUACGUGCCCCGAGUGUAGGAGACAGUUUCAGAUUUCUGGAAGUGGAAAUCCCAGCGAACUUCCCACCAAUUUUCGAAUAAACAGCCUGCUAGAUGUUUUGGCAAUUAAAGAGUGCAGUACAGUCAACGUAAAAUGCAGAAACUGCGACAAACGAAGCGCCCAGACCUCAUAUUGCUUCCAGUGUUGUUCCUUCUGGUGUGAAGAAUGUAUUGUAGGACAUAACAUAAUUCGAGAAAAUAAAGAUCACAGAACGCUAGCGCUGAAAGAUUUUCAAGAUCAAGACAUCAAAGCUGUUUUAGAGCGACCAGCAUUUUGUCAGAAGAAACACCAUGAAAACAAAGAGUUGGAGUUCUUUUGCAAGGACUGUGAAGUCGCCAUUUGCAACACUUGCGCUGUAACACUUCAUGAAGGUCAUGGUAAGAUGCCCUUGCAAGAAGCUACUGAUGAGCGCAAAACACAGAUAAACUCCAUGAUUCGAUCUUUGAAAGACAAAGUAGUGGAAAAACAAAAGGAAGUCGUACAAUUCAACCAAAAAAGCAUCGCAUUUCAAUCGAAAGUAACCGAGGUAAAAAGCCAAGUGCAGUCUUGUGUAGACCAAAUUAUUGCAAUCAUCGAAGCGAGAAAACAAGAUGUUUUUGAUGCAGUCGAUAAUCAAGCGAAACAAUCACUAGAAUCUCUGUCACAGAAAAAAGAAGAAGUGGAAAAACAAUUAAAAAGAAUUGAAUCCGCAAUUGAACAAACUGAAACUCUGUUGAAACGAAGCUUUAGCACUGAAAUCCUUGGAUUCAGUGAAACAUUUGAUACAAUCCUACAGGAACAGAGCACCCAAGAAAACCGUGACACUGAAUGUAUUCCUCGGUUUAGUUUCACUAAAAGUGAAAAACUGAUUAACUUGUUAAGCAUGAGUGAGGGGAUAGGUAAAGUAGAAUUUGUUUUUAGCGAAACUAAAGCGCAACAAUCAGGAACUAAAGGUAAAGAAAGUAGUAAAGUAAUUGCUGGGAAUAAAGGGGCAAAUGUUCAUGACAGUCCUCUUGACACUCAGGUUCAAACCAGGCGCUUCAGAUCUGUGCUGUCAUUUGGACAAAAAGGUGAGUCUGUUGGAAUGUUUUACCGUGCGUGGGGUGUGGCAGUGAAUGAUCAGGAUGAAAUUGCUGUGACUGAUUGCAGUAACCACAGGGUUUCAGUGUUUAGUAGUGACGGUACCCACUUAAGAUCCUUUGGUAGGAAGGGUCAGAAUAAUGGUGAGUUCCAGUUCCCUACAGGGAUCGCUUUUGAUAGUCAUGGCAAUAUUGUAGUGGCAGACUGUUAUAAUCACAGGGUGCAAGUCUUUGAUAGGAAUGGUAACUUUCUUAGUAAGUUUGGUGAAUAUGGAAGUCGUAAUAAUCAGCUUAAAUUCCCUGAAGGUUUAUCAAUAAACGGUAACGGUGAUAUUAUUGUUACUGAUAGAGGUAACAAAUUAAUCAAGAUAUUCUCUUCUAGUGGGAAGUAUUUACGUAAAUUUGGUGGAGCAGGUUCUUUGGUCGAACCCUAUCACUGUAUCCAACACGGUCAAUAUUUUAUAGUCUCAGAGGGUGGUGAUCAUUCCAUUAAAAUGUUUAAUCUUGAGGGAACGUUUAUUUCUAAAUCUGGAAAACAGGGGAACAAGGAUGGAGAGUUCAAUAAGCCCCGUUACUUGUCAGUUAACAAAGAAGGAUUGCUGAUGGUCUGUGAUUCAAAAAAUCACAGAGUUCAGGUAUUUGAACUGAGUAGAAAGUUUGUUACAAAGUUUGGAAGUAUAGGUAGUGAGAGAGGAGAGUUCAGGUUUCCAACGUCUUUAGCAAAUCUUAGUGAUGGAAGGAUAGUUGUGUGUGAAAUGAAUAACAACCGAAUCCAAGUGUUUGACAAGAUAUAA